UGAAUGCAAAAACCCUAAUAAAUACUCGAAUCAAACAAUGCACCCAUGAAACCAAACUAAGCCGACGCCAAGCAUAAUCGAUUAGUUAAAAAAAAAAAAAAAAAAAAAACUCAAAACCUAAAGAUAGAAAAAACCCGAAAUGAAAAAUUGGAGCAAUAAUAGUAACGAAUUAGUAGGAGGCGAUACCAGAACCGGCAGUCCCGGCGAUGACAGCUUGCAUGUACCUCUCCGGCAACUCGCCGGCGGAGCCGACAAUGGAGCCCUGCACAAGAGCAUCCGCCACGCCGGAAAGUGCAACAGCGGCGGUGGUGGCGUAGAAGCCUUUGUAAAGUCCGACGCGGCCCUUAACGUAGAAGGCGUCGAUAAGGGGAACGGCGAGGAGGGAAAUAACGAAGAGGAGCAAGCCAACGUUGAUUCUGACAAAGGCGUGGGAUUUGUGGCUGAAGAGGAUGAUGAGGAAGAUUCCGAUGAGGCCGAUGAGCAUGUAAACAACGGCGAAGAUGCGAUCGACGCUGGCAUCGGGGUAGAGGUAGGCGAAGUAAUCAACGGCUGUGAUGAAAGCGUUCCACGGGAGAAGGUAACCCAGGCCCAGCGUGAAAUACACUAUGUACGCUAA